UGCAGUCACACUUGCUCCAACGAACAAAAACCACCGCCCGCAUCAGAACGCAUCGUUAUUUGUUGUUGUCUACGCCGUUCAAUCGCUGACAAUUAACAACAAAACAAAAGGAACGGCAGGCACUGCCUUCGCUUUUAGAGAAAACCGCGACUGCUAACUGCCAGGCAAUCGAAAUCGAUGCGAUUUUAAAUCGAAAACGCGCGCGAGAUGCGGAAAAGCCAAACGCCGCGAGCUUUGUUUAUGUGUAUCGGAAAAUAACACAGGAAAAUCCCUUUAGUUUCUGUGUGCGGAUGAGCCAGUGCGAAAGCAAUAUCAAUAAUAUCCCAAGCAGAUUGCUGAAUAAAUCGCAUUCGAGAGGUUUGACUAAAAGAUCGGCAAAAUUAAUUUCCGUCGCAUUAAAAUCUUUACAUCAAAACUGGAUUAUAACAGAUCCGUUGAUAUUGGCACUCAGCAGGAAAACAACUCGGGGGUAACCAACAAAAUGGUGAAACGCACCGACGGCACUGAAUCUCCCAUACUGGCUGAAGACGGUGGCGAUGGUCAUGACAAACCGCGAUUGCGCUACGGCGAACUAGUUAUACUCGGCUACAAUGGUUACUUGCCACAGGGAGAUCGCGGUCGGCGACGCUCCAAGUUUGUGCUCCACAAGCGGACGGAGGCGAGUGGCGUCAAGCGGUCCAAGCACUACAUCGUCCAAUCGCCACAGACCUCGAAGGCCAUUCUGGAUGCCAAUCAGCAUUCAAUCUCGUACACACUCUCACGCAACCAGGCGGUCAUUGUGGAGUACAAGGAGGACACGGAAACGGACAUGUUUCAGGUGGGACGCUCAUCGGAGUCACCCAUUGACUUUGUGGUGAUGGACACGCUGCCCGGCGAUAAGAAGGAUGCCAAGGUUAUGCAGAGCACAAUUUCUCGGUUCGCCUGCCGCAUUCUGGUCAACCGCUGUGAGCCUGCCAAGGCGAGAAUAUUCGCCGCCGGCUUCGAUUCGAGCAGAAAUAUAUUCCUUGGGGAGAAGGCCACCAAGUGGCAGGACAAUGUGGAAAUCGAUGGCCUGACCACCAACGGUGUGCUGAUUAUGCACCCCAAAGGAUCCUUCUGUGGCGGCAAUGCCAAGUGCGGACUCUGGCGCGAGUGCUCCGUGGGCGGCGAUGUGUUCAGCCUUCGCGAAUCGCGUUCGGCCCAGCAAAAGGGGCAGCCGAUAUAUGACGAAUGCAACAUCCUGCAGGAUGGCACACUUAUUGAUCUCUGCGGCGCAACAUUGCUCUGGCGUUCCGCCGAGGGCUUGCAGCAUUCGCCGACCAAACACGAUUUGGAGAAACUUAUCGAUGCCAUUAAUGCCGGUCGUCCACAGUGCCCGGUGGGUCUGAACACGCUGGUUAUACCACGCAAAGUUAACAUUGGGGAUCAGGUGAACCAGCCUUACGUGUACUUAAACUGCGGCCAUGUCCAGGGCCAUCACGAUUGGGGUCAGGACGAGAACACUGGCGCCCGCCGUUGUCCCAUGUGCCUGGAACUCGGUCCAGUGGUCACCCUGUGCAUGGGCUUGGAACCAGCCUUCUAUGUGGACGUGGGCGCACCGACGUACGCGUUCAAUCCAUGCGGACACAUGGCGACUGAAAAAACUGUCAAAUACUGGGCCAAUGUGGAGAUACCUCACGGCACCAACGGAUUUCAGGCCGUCUGUCCCUUCUGUGCGACGCCCUUGGAUGGAGCGACUGGCUACAUAAAGUUAAUAUUCCAGGAUAAUCUAGAUUAAAUAUAAAUAUAAUGGAUUAACAAAUGUAUUUACGUCUAUAUAGAUACUGUAGUAAUUGAAAGAUGUCCAAGUUUGAAGCAGGCAUUAAAACUAGGCUUUAUUUAUUAUCAUUAAUUAACAUUUAAAGGCAACAGAAAACGGAAACAAUUUCUGAAUACUGAAUUAAACAAACACAAGAGGAGAACAAAUUUAAUUGAAGCAAAAUGUUGUAUUUGUUGUGUCUCUGGCUGCUACAGUUUUGCAUUAUUCGAUUGCUACUAUAUAAUUACUGCAUUAUGUUUACCAAAUCAAUGCGAUUAAUUACGAAAUGAGCAAUGCCGCUUUCAUCUCCCCAUUAUACACCCCAUUCCCCAAUCGAAAUUGCAUGUUAAUGUUUCAUGUUUGAUUUCCCCCACUGUAUAAUGUAAAAAUUAUUUGAAAUUAUGAAAGCAAGGCAUACGAACGCAAUGAUCAGCAGCACACAUCAACUAUACGAAUUAAUUGAAAUUGCAUAAGUGUAAAAGUUGAGACCGAAUGUAAAUCGCAGAUAUAUUUAUUGUGUAUAAUUGUGUAAAAACAAAAACAAAAGAUUGAAUUGUAA